AUGGGUCUCCGCCAAAGUUCUCCGCGCUGGGAUCAUUGGACAGAUUGCAACUUUCCUAGCGCUUGGAUAUUUCUGCAGCGUCUGUCGGUGUUGACGUCAAUCAUCUCCAGGUGGCCUUGGCGCCCGGCUCGAUCUUCUGAAGGAAAAUCUGGUGGUGAGCACGAUCGGCGCCGCCACAGGGGUGCGGUCGAGACGUUUAUCAUUGGGGCGGCACUUUCCGCCACCUCUUUGGGCACCACAUUCGCGGUAAUCUCAUCAGCCUCGAAAACAGUAGAUCUCGCGCAGACCCGCGUGGGCUCAGUUCUCGUAAGCGCGGCCGUCAUUGACGAUGUAGUUGGUCUCGUGCUUUCCAGCAUCAUCUCCGACCUGGGUAAACUCUCCAACAGCGACGCCAACCUCGGCUGGAUCAUAGGUCGCCCCAUCGUAGCCUCAGUGGCAAUGGCUAUUCUCACGCCCGUCGUGACGAAAUUUCUCUUUGCGCCGAUAUUCCGAAAAUACAUCGAGUUCCACUUCGCCCGCUACGACCACAUCUCCAACAUCAUAUUGAUGACGCUUGUGCUUUGCGCAUUUAUCUCCAUCGCUGCAUACACGGGCACAUCGGUCCUCUUUGGCGCUUUCCUCGCCGGCACCUUUCUCUCCUAUCUGCCAAGCAAGCGUCCCGAUGGCCCAUUCGUGGUCAUGAGUCGCGAAGAAGGCGAGCAAAAUGAGGAUAAAAGCCCGACCUUCGUUCAUACCUUCGAGGCCUAUCUUCUGGGCGUGCAGACGUAUCUGAUGGAGCCUCUGUUCUUUGCUAGUAUCGGGUUCGCCAUUCCGUUUGUGCAGCUGUGGACGGGGAAGCGCAUCUGGAGGGGGAUCUUGUACACGCUUCUAAUGGUCGUCGCCAAGUUUGUUGUGGGAAUAUGGAUCCCUAUAUGGAAAUACCUGCCAGGAACUAAAUCGAAGACCGGGAAAGCAUCUAAGGAGUCUCCCGCGGCUCCGGACGUACCAGUCGAGUCUCCCAAGGAUAACGCAACAAUGUUAUCGGCCUUGUUACUUGGUUCUGCGAUGGUUGCGCGCGGCGAGAUUGGUCUGUUGAUUAUUGAGAUCGGUUACAACUCCACAGAGUACGUGAGUGAGGAGGGCUUCAUUACCGGUGUCUGGGCGAUCUUGUUGAACACGAUUAUCGGCCCGGUUACGGUCGGGCUAUUGGUUAAGUUCUAUGGGGCACGAAUUGGGGAGGGUGAAUGGGGGUUGCAGAAGAACACGCCUCCAUCGCAGGAGAAGGGGAAUGUGCAAAGUGCUGUAUGACAUCUGCUGGUAGCUAGUAGAUACCGUGUCCUUGGGAUGAACAUCUAGAAUAGCUAAAUUAGAAGUGUCUGGCCUUUGCAACGAGGCUCGGUUAAUAA